AAUCUCCGUAACUUGUAAUUUGUUCUCUGUGCUUUUGCACUUUAUUUUUACCAUUGGAAGGAGAACAGAGCUGACAUUCUAGUUAUUAAGUGUCACAUCCUCUCACAAGCUGUUUGUAGAAAUAGCUGCCAGUGCUGCUUUGGGACUUCCUGAGGAGAGUCGAGAUGUUAUUUAUUUAAAUUUCAAGAACAUUUUGUAACAGUGGCUUAUGGACUUGCUAUUGCAGUAAUAAUAUCUCUGCUGUCAUUUUCACUCACAGAAGCGCAUACUUAAACCGCAUGCCCUCCAACUUUGAAAAUAUUUGGAAAGCAUAUUUUUUUAAGAGUUGAUGCAGUUUUUCUCUUGGUUAUUGACGUACGGAUGUUGUGGAAGCAGUAUUGUAAGAAGGAAAGAGAAAAAUCUGUAGGUUCUGAAUCAAACUUCAGAUUUGUAAGCUGAACUUCUUGGACACUGGGUUUUUUUUUUUCUAAGUGCAUAAGAAUAAUUACCCCACAGUCGCAUCCUCAUGGCAGCAUGUAUGGUGAAUAAUUUUGGAGGCUUAAGGAAAAUUGAACGUACUUUAACUGGAGGAAUGCAGCAUGUGCCUGCUCGCGUGCAUGAUCAUCGUGCAGGAGCAGGUCAGCUGCGAAACAGUCUACAGGAGAAACUGCCGUCUGCCACCAAGACCCCCCAGCCCCAGAAGGUGGAAAAAGGACUGAAGAGGAAGCUGUUUAAUCAGGGAACACAGGAAGAGGAAGACAAGAAAACUACCCCAAAGAGAAAGAAACCUGGGUCGAUAGAUGGGUCUCCUCACCCUACACCCCCUGGCUUGGCCAAGAUUACCCCAGGGAUGGGAACUCCCAAGACCCCAGGGAGUGUCCCCCGCCUCACAGUUCCUCUGUCAGAGCGCCAGCAGAUGGCGUUGCUGAUGCAGAUGACGGCCGAAUCUGAAGAGUCCUCAUCCAAGCCCAACUCCCCCCAGAGUGUCACUCCCAUUGGUAAAAAGACACCUUUGGACAGAAAAGUCAAUAAAAGAAACGAACGCGGAGAAACACCACUCCAUCUGGCGGCCAUAAGAGGCGAUGUCAAGCAGAUUAAGAAGCUUAUCAAAGCUGGGGCUGACGUUAAUAUUGUGGAUUAUGCAGGAUGGACUCCGCUCCAUGAAGCCUGCAACCAUGGUCAUGUGGACAUAGCCAAGCAACUGCUCAAGGCAGGUGCGAACGUCAACGUGCAAGGACUAGACAACGACACUCCGCUUCACGACGCCUCCAUUAAUGGGCAUAGAAAGCUGGUAGAGUUGCUCAUACGACACGGUGCCAAUCCGCUGCAGCCGAACACACAUGGAAAACGGCCAAUAGAUGUCGCUGCAGCACCAGAGAUCUUACAAAUUCUACAGAAGGAAAUAAUUGCUUCUAGCAGCGACAGUUCAAGUCUUGAAAUAAGGUCUCCUACUUCACCAGAAAGUGUCACUUCAGAUAAGGAAGAUCAUAUUGGUCUGGACACAUAUGAAAAUAAUGGACCAGAUUCCCACUUGGCAGCCAAACAAAACAGACUCUUUGAUAAAUCCUCCCCGAGGUUAACGCUAAAAUUCCAACACAUAAAAAGCAAAGGUGAUAUGUCAUACAGUGUCAAAAUGGACAUGGGUGAGGAAGGAGGAGAGGAGAGAAAACUGACGGGGGUCUCUGGCAAAGUGUCACCAGCCAAAAGGAGGGUGUCACGAUCAUCUAGUUCAGACAGUGACUUGUACAAUCCACAUCUGGAUAUUGUCUCUUCUUCUUCUUCUAAAGACCCCACAUCAAAUGUAACUAAUAGGGACUCGUAUGGGAAAAUCCAUCAUAAAGACACUAGUAGACUUUCAAUGGCGGCCAUGGCUCGUCAUGGCUCUGAGACCAAAGCAGCGCCAUCUUUUGGGCAGAGUAAAGACUCUGCUGGAGGUGCAGUAGCAUUUAAUCCACUUGUGAACAAGGACUACCCUGCAAAGGAAAUGAAACCAACUAUUCAUGAAAGAAUGGGAUUAUUUUCACACAGUCGACAAAUACAGUCGCAGCAACAUCAGCAGCAGCAGCCAGAAAAGGACCCUUACGCGCCAGAAUUUGAGGAUAUAAGUGAUACCGAGGAAUUGACUAGUCUUGAAAAAAUGAGAAGUUCAUUGCGUGACUCUCGUGAGAAAGACGCUUCAUCUUCUUAUCAUCAGCAACAGCCACCUCAACAUCAGGCGGAGUCCUCAUCUUCAAAUAUGGCCGAUUUAUACAUUCCACAUUCGAUAGGAAAUAGCGAUAAGAAAUCAGAGGUGGGUUUCAUCAAUAAUAAGGCUGAGCGUGAGCAAGCUGGCUUCUUUAAAACUUUUAAAACUGAGAAGACAGUUGAUUCAUCAAGUAUUAUUAGUAAAAACAAACUUCAUGAUAAAUCAGAACUUGGUGGCACCUCAGUUGCAACUAAGGUCAGCAAGGUUGAAAAAUCAGAAGCUGUAGUGAGUAGAGCGAUUAAGAAUGAUUCUAGAGGAAGAUCAGGUUCUUUCGGAACUACAGAAAGUAGUCGGACUAAAGAAAGAAAUAUGAGAGAAAGUGAUAAGUAUAAGGGAAGUUCGCCAAAGGAUAAAUUCCUACCUGACAGUACAAGUGAAAAACAUAGAAACCUCUCACCCUUACAUCUUCAGAUAUCUCCCUCAGAGAGGAUGUCAGAACAGCAGCAAGAUGGACGUAAAAAUUCCUCGCCUCCUUCGACAGAAAUGUCCAGGAGCAUGUCUCCAUCUGUUAAAGCUGAAAAUCGAAAACUCUCAUCGCCAACUGAAAAAGGAAACAGAGUUUCACCAAAAUUGGACAAUAUUACAAAAGAGGCCAUGUCAACCUCACCCACUGGCUCUUCUCCAAGAAGUGACCGAAAUUCCCCAAAAAGUUCUUCAGAUAAAGACUCUCCCAAGUUAAAAGUACCCCCAUUGAAAAUCAUCAUUCCCCAAAAGACUCCACCCGCAUCGGGUGGAGAGGGUGAUCUGAAACGUCUUCUGAGUAAACCGUAUCUGCCGUACGUAGUUAACCCUACGCAGGAGUCAAUGGAGAUCGACGAGGCAGCUGGCGAGACUAUUAAUGUCACCGCACCUGUGUCAGGUAGUCAGGGGGCAGGGAACAACACGACAACGACAACAGCGACAGUACAUGUAGAUCAAUCCAUGCAGCAGCUACAACAACAACAACAACAACAACAUCAUCAGAAAGAACAACAGCAACUUCUGUCACAGCCUGUGACAAGAAACUCCCCCACAUCCUCAAUCAAUAUAGUGGGCGGCCCUGAGUCAUCAGCUGAGGUUAAUCCUGAAGGCACAGAAAAGCAGCUACAGCAGCCAAGAACAGCCUCUACUACCACAACUACAUCUACUUCUAGUACUACUUCAAGGACUGAAAAAGACAUGGAGACAGCUCCGUGUGUGGUUUCCAACACAGUCAUCUCUGGGACAAUUCUUAACACCACCAACACUCGUUCCAAGAGGGACAAAGAUAAAGAUGGAAACUCCGCCAAAUCGGGCGACUCUGGCUCUGUUAAGAGCGAGGGGAGCAGAAAGAGUGAGAAAGAGGACAGUAAGGGCAAGGAAAAAGAGAAAGAAGGGACCAGUAAGGAUAAUAACAACAAGGAGGAGGAGGCGGAAGAUAUAAAGCCCACAAGGACGCUGAGGUCACAUACGGCAGCUCAACAGCAGCAGCAGCAGCAACAACAGCAGCAGCAAAAUGAGAAACCAUCACAGGCAUCUCAGAACGGUGACAGCAGUUCCCAAGACAACCAGUCCAAGUCAGAGAUAGAAUACAUCCACCCCAGAAAGAGAAAAUUACGGCCCCGCCCCGAUCCCCCGCCCCAGACGGAACCAGUGGCCAUCCCCCCUCCCACCUCCAUGGAGAAGCCAGUGAAUCCAUACCAGCUUUAUCUACAAAUUAGAAAACAGAUUGCCAAACGAAGAGAACACAUGUUUGUUGUUCAGCCUAAGGCACCCCAAGGUUUCCAUGACUAUUUGCUGAGCAACCGAAAUUACAUGAUCAAAGAAAAAGUCAAGCUUUCAGUGCCAACGCUCUCUCCUGCUGCCCCUUCAGCCACUGUGACAGCGAAACCAGAGCCAACGAAGCAAAAUAUAGAAAAGUUGUCUCCUCCAAACUCUAUAGAAGCGCCAAUGAAGUCCAUGUUUGAGGACCAGGAGAAAGAAAGAUAUAGACUACGGUUACAGCAUCUUAUAGAAAGAGAGAAGUUGAUGUUGUCCAUAGAGCAGGAGAGGAUACGGGCGCACGGCAGGGCGGCCAGAGCCAUGGCCAAUCAGAGCGUCCCUCUCAGCGCCUGUACUAUUCUCCGCGAUGAGGACGUUUACUACAUGCUGGAUGCCGAGCAGGAAGAGAAAGAUAAGACAUCAAGAGCCAGGUACACAGGUCGCCAGUUAAUUUCUUGGCUGCAAGAUGUGGAUGAUAAAUAUGAAAAAGUAAAGGAGGCGCUGCUGUCGCGGCACCAUCACGAGGCGGAGUCCCUGUACGCUGUGCAGAAGAUGGACUGGGAGUUAAAGCUGAUGGAGUGUGGGCUCUGCGACAACAAAAAGCGGCCGAGUAUUGACGAGCUACAUGUGCCAAUGGUCCAAGUGAAUGACGAUUUUGAUCUUUUGCCAGCGUGACAGAUGCAUGCACAUGGAAAGGGAUGUUUUUUAGAUGCCCAGUUACUACUGUAUUGAUGAGUCGGGCUGCGAGGAAAUGCUGAUGUUAGCAAGGGGAAGACUUGUGAAAGAUUGAAGCUGAAAAAUGAAUGCCUUGACAGCGUUUUAACAGUGUGAGCUUAAACUGUGAUGAGGAAAUAAAGUCCGCCAUGGGUUCUGUCUGUGAGACUAAGCAAGACACAUUGAAAAAGAUGGUUAUUGUGAAAGAUAAAGAUUGCAUGUUGUGGUAAAAACUUGAAAAUUUAGUUGGUCUUGGAAAUUUGGCAGAAGAUGAUUUUUCGCCAUCGUAAAUAUUUUCACUUUGAAAAUUUCACCAAGUUUGAAAAUGGGCCUCUCAAUCAUUUUGAAAAGUUUGUCACCUAAAAACACCAAGUCGGAUUCAGGCAUUUAAAGAUCUUAAUUAAUUUUUUUAAAGUGACAAAAUUUUGCAAGUUUUUACCGUAGUUUUGACAUCACCACUGGUAUAGUGAAACACUGAAUAGAAGUUUCUGCUUACAAGGUUAGACUUGAAGCCAGCUAGAAAUUUGAAAGACGACAGUUUCUGACUUUUGCAAGUUGUGUUGGAGAUUUGUGGAGAUAACCUGUAAGAGAAGGUUUGAAGAAGUUAACCCAAAGAGUGCCUUUUACAAGUAAAAGCUGUGACACAGAGAGAGAGAGAGAGACUCCUGCACCAUGCCUGAGAAAAUUGAUACAAUGUGACCAGAUUACCUUAUCUGGAAUGAAUGGUGGACUUUUUGUGUGGAAACUUUCAUUGUGGGUGAAUGAUUAAGUUUUUGAAAAAGUUCAUGAGAUGAGUCUUGUAGUAUUGUCUAUUGAGAAUUCAUCUGAAAUAUUUCAAGUAGUACUGAACAUUGCCUGUAGCCCAGUUCAGCUUUAUUUUAAUAAGUUAUUAUGGAAACUUGGGUGUUAACCACAACAACUGGUUCACAUACCAUGCAGUUUCACAUACCAUAUACAUGGUUUACAUACCAUAUACGUGGUUCACAUACCAUAUACAUGGUUCACAUACCAUAUACGUGGUUCACAUACCAUACUGGUUCACAUAGCAUGCCGUUUCAAGGAACAUUACUGGUUUAAAAGUUUUUGAUUUUCUACAAGGACAGGUGCUUGUGGUCUGUGGAAGUGGUGACUGCAUGCCUGAGUUGUGUUGAGGGUUGCUUUAAAAUAGUCAAGGUUUUCUUAUUUUGAAUUUAAUCAAUUUAUUUUUUUUACUUUAUUUAUUUAUUUAUUUAUUUAUUUAUUUUUUU